AUGGCGUUGCACACCGAGACUCUAGUGAUCAAACAGCCCGAUGCUUUCGUGAGCAAUGGUGACGGCUCCGUUCCCGAUAGUGAAGAGUCUGCCGUCGAUACCCAAGCUCAACCCGGUGUCCAGAACAUUGAAGCGGUCACGGUGGCGUGGACAAAAACCGCUUUGAUCGUGGCAUACGUGAUGCUCUGGCUCAUUUACUUUGUCGAAGGGACCUUAUCUGGCACCAAUGCUGCCUUGAAUCCUUAUGUCACCUCGGAUUUUGCCCAGCACUCACUCACGCCGACCGUGGGCAUUCUCAGUAGUGUUAUCGGCGGCGUUACCGACUUAACACUGGCCAAGAUCCUCGACGUUUUUGGUCGUCCACAGGGCUACUUUCUUUGUAUCGUAAUUGCUACAGUGGGCUUGGUUAUGAUGGCUGCAUGCAACAACGUCGAGGCCUACGCGGCUGCCCAGGUCUUUUAUACUGUUGGGAACAAUGGAAUUCAGUACAGCCUAAGCGUUUUUGUUGCUGACACCUCAUCAUUACGGAACCGAGGACUAAUGAUUGCCUUGGUGACCUCGCCGAGUCUGAUCACUUGUUGGCUCGCUGGCCCAAUAUCCUCAGCGUUUCUGAGAGGACCUGGCUGGCGGUGGUGUUAUGGAGCCUUUUCAGUUAUCGUCCCAGCAUUUACCCUUCCGCUACUAGGGAUAUUCAUUUACAACUACUUCAAGGCAAAAAAGCAGGGCUUGAUUGCAAAACACCAAAGUCAACGCACUCCUUGGGAAUCUCUUGUUUACUACCUCCGCGAAUUUGAUGCCGCUGGUCUCAUCCUGCUUUCGGCUGGCGUCGCACUCUUCCUCCUGCCUUUCAAUCUCUACACUUUGCAGGAAAAAGGGUGGCGGGCUCCACUGAUAAUCUGUUUGCUGGUCUUUGGAAUUCUGCUGAUCGUUCUUUUCGCUCUCUGGGAGCGAUUCUUGGCCCCAGUGACCUUCAUCCCUUAUGCACUUCUUCUGGAUCGCACAGUGUUUGGUGCCUGUAUUCUGUCAAAUGCAUUGUUCCUGAGCUACUUCUGCUGGAACAGUUUUUUCAGCUCCUUCCUCCAAGUUGUGGUUGACCUGAGCAUUUCGGAGGCCAGCUAUGUCAUUCAAGCCUACACUGUUGGAACCUGCUUGUCGGCGAUCGGGGUAGGCUUGCUGGUUCGUAACACUGGGCGCUACAAACCGGUCUGUCUGUAUUUCGGAAUUCCUCUGAGUAUUCUGGGUCUUGGUCUGAUGAUCAACUUUCGUCGACCCGGCGUCAAUGUUGGUUAUCUCGUUAUGUGUCAGAUAUUCAUGGCCUUCGCUGCGGGAACCAUCAUCAUCUGCGAUGAAAUCGCCAUCAUGGCUGCUGCUUCGCAUCAACAUAUUGCCAUCGUUAUAGCCAUUUUGGGUGUCUUUUCAAGCAUUGGGGGUGCCAUAGGUCUUACUGUAGCGGCUGCCAUUUGGCAAGAUGUGUUUCCAAAAAAGCUUGCUGAAUAUCUUCCUCCCGAAGAACUUCCAAACUUGCCACUCAUUUAUGCCGACAUUGUCACGCAGUUAUCGUACGCGGUUGGCUCCCCUACUCGUCUCGCCAUUCAGUAUGCCUACGGCGAUGCGCAGAAAAUGCUUUUGGUAGUGGGCACUGCCGUAUGGUUUAUUGGACUUCUUGCGGUUGUAAUGUGGCGAGACAUCAAUGUGUCGAACAUUAAGCAGGUCAAGGGUACUGCUUUUUGA